GAGAGAGAGAGAGAGAGAGAGCUGUAACAGAGUUAGCGCUGUGGAGUGUAGCUGCUGUAUAUCUGUGUUCACACGUAUUUGUGUGUUUUAGUGAUUCAGAUCCAUUGUUUUAGUGUCGUAUUCAGUAGUACGAGUGAGUAAGAGAGAGACUGAGUGAGUGUGAGAGAGAGAGAGAGUGUAACCGGCUUCAGUCAGUGUCCAGGCCUGUCUGAACACAAACACAGCUACAGGACUUCACCAUGGACAAAGCAGAUUUCCUGAAAGGUCUACCUGUUUAUAACAAGACAAACUUCAGCAGAUUUCACGCCGACUCCGUGUGUAAAGCAUCGAACAGAAGGCCAUCAGUAUAUCUGCCUACACGAGAGUAUCCCUCCGAACAGAUCAUCGUCACGGAGAAGACGAACAUCCUUCUGCGUUAUCUUCAUCAACAGUGGGACAAGAAGAAUGCAGCUAAAAAGCGAGAGCAGGAGCAAGCGGAAGGGGAAGGCGGCAGCCCAGCGCCUCCCCGCAAAAUCGCCCGGACAGACAGCCAGGAGAUGAACGAGGACUCCUAGAGGAACCCACCAUCCAUCAGCACAAGAACGGACACAACAAGCCCAAACACCCGCACACCACACAGGAAUUUCAUCUCAGAAAGAAAGAAAUGGAAGAACACUUCUCUUACAGUGUGCUUUUUUUUUUUUAUUUUGCUGAGUGCUUCCUGAUGCAGUCAGCGCCCUGUUCUGAACGCGUGUGGCGCGACGGGUUUCCACUGCCAGCUUUGACGAUUCUGCUGAGCUCUGAACUUCGAGGGGAGGGGGGCGGGUUUACGGCGAAAUUCAACAAGCACAUAAGAACGAAUGUCUGCUAUGAAGAAGUGUGUGAAAAUUGAUUUGUUAGGACACUAUUAAUGCAGAGUAAAAGUUGAAAAACAC